GGCGUCGUCGAGUACGCCGUCGACGAGCUCGCGGCCGCGACGGACCAGUGGGCCGCGGCGCGGCGGCUCGGCGGCGGCGGCUUCGGCGACGUCUUCCGCGGCGCGCUCCGCGGCGGCGACGUCGCCAUCAAGCGCGUGCACGCGCAGUCGCUCCAGGGGCUGCGGGAGUUCGAGGCGGAGAUCCGGGCGCUGGGCAAGCUCCGGGACCCGUCGCUCGUGCGGCUGCUGGGCCACGGCCGCCGCGGCGCGGGCGACUUUUGUUUGGUCUACGAGCUCUGCGACGGCGGCACGCUCGAGGACCGCUUGGCCGACAAGCGGAACCCGCUCGACUGGAGCGGCCGCGUCGCCGCGGUGCGCGACGCGAUCCGCGGCCUCUACUACCUGCACACGCAGGGCGACGGCGAGAAGUGCUUCAUCCACGGCGACGUCAAGACCGCGAAUAUCCUGCUCACCAGCGCCGGCGGCGCGAAGCUCGCGGACUUUGGUUUGGUGCGCGAGCUCGCCAAGGGCGCGACGCAUGUGGGCACGACGUCGCUCACGGGCUCCUGGGGCUACAUCUGCCCGGCCUUCGCGCGGACGGGCCGCGUCGCGCCGUCGACGGACGUCUUCGCCUUCGGCGUCGUGCUCCUCGAGGUGCUCACGGGCCUACCGGCCAUCGACGGCGACCGGGCCGGCGCGAAGGACCUCGUGUCGCACGCGGGGCCCGGCGCGGCCGCGACGAUGGCGCGCCUCGACGCCGCGGUCGCCGCGGCGCCCACGGCGCGGACGGCCGCGGACCUCGCCUGGCGAUGCCUCGAGGACGACCCGGCGAAACGGCCGUCGUCCGAGGACGUGCACGACGCCAUCGAGGAGCUC